AUGUCUCGUGCAGCCAGCGUGUCUCGUGACUCACUCAACAUUGAUGUCUACCAUCAAGGUGUUUUUUCUCCUAAUCCCUUGGUUUACUUUCAUCCUGAUAAAGUACCUGUUAUGGGGCUAGAUGUACGUAACAUGGAUUUCAAGAAGUUCAAGACCUAUCUCCAAAAAUUGAUCAACAAUAGAUGUCGGGAUAUGUAUUACUGUCUUAAAAAUCGGCCCCUCGUAGAUGGGUUAAGGGAGCUCAGGGAUGAAGAUGAUUAUGUUAGGUUCGUUGAUGCUGGGUUUGAUGAUGAUGAUAAUCAAAUAAGUAUCUACAUUGAUGACCAUCAUGAACCCUUACUAGAUUGGAUUGAAGAAGAAAAAGCUGAAGAAUGGGAUAGUGGUACUGAAACAUAUGAAGAUGAUGUGGACUCGAAGAACCUUAUUCCACAAAGAGGCAUAGAGGAAGAAGCUGGUGGUAAGGUAAAAAAACAUCCUAUUCACGAUCCAAACCAAAAAUGGGACACUAUGAUGCCUGAGUUAGGUAUGAAAUUCUCUGAUCGAGAUGAACUGAAACAUAUGUUAACAAAUUAUGCUGUGUCUAAGGGUUAUUCAUUGUGGUAUGAAAAAAAUGAGGCAAAAGCAUUGUUAGUAAGGUGCAGUAAAAAUGAAAAAGGGAAGCCAUCUUGCCCUUUUAGACUAUGGGCUAGUCCCAUGAACAAGGAAAAUUCAUUCCAGAUCAAGUCACUAAUUGAUAAACAUAAUUGUGCUAGACAACAAAAAUUGGGUUGUCUUGUUACGUAUAAGUGGAUUGGAAAAAUGUUAAUACCUGACAUUUUGGAAAGGCCUAAGUUUAGCUAUAGGAAAAUGGCAGAAGUGGUUAGGAAAGACUAUGGUCUCAAGGUAAGUCUUGGGCAGUGUAGAAAUGCCAAGUACUUUGCACUAGAUGAGAUUUCAGGCAAUUUGGUAAGCCAUUAUGAGAAACUGUGGAAUUAUGGUGCUGAGUUAUUGAGGGUUAAUCCUGGGUCAACAGUCUUGAUCGAGACAAAUCAUACGCCUGAUGCUACACACUACUUCAAAAGGAUAGGUGAGUUGUUAACAGCCGUUGGUAGGGACGCAAACAACCAAAUGUAUCCUCUAGCAUGGGCUGUUGUGCCAGUUGAAAACAAGGAAACUUGGAUGUGGUUCAUUGAUCUUCUACUUGAGGACAUUGAGAUGGGAGAUGGUAGGGGUCUUACAAUUAUUUCAGACCAACACAAGGGUUUAAUGGAGGCUGUUAAGGAAAGGGCACCAUCAUGUGAGCAUAGGAAUUGUGCCCGACACAUCUAUGCCAACUUUAAGAAGAAGGGGUUCACGGGUGUUGAGUUUAGGAGGUUAUUUUGGAGUGCUGCAAAGGCUACAACCGAUUCCAAUUUCCGAUCAUACAUGAGGGAAAUUCGUACAAUGUCCACAGAAGCUUAUGAGCACCUGAUAGAAAGAGACCCAAAUACAUGGUGCAGAGCAUUCUUUGAACCUCAGACUUGUUGUGAUGCGGUGGAAAACGGUAUAUCUGAAUCUUUCAAUGCAGCAAUUGUAGAGGCCCGGAAGAAACCAAUAAUAACAAUGCUGGAAGAAAUCAGAUUGUACUGGGAUGUUAUUCCAAGUGGCGAGGAAGAAUAUGAAGUGAAAUUAGCCCAUGAAGUUUAUGCUGUUCACCUUGAAAGCAAAACUUGUGGCUGCAGAGCCUGGCAACUCAGUGGUAUCCCUUGUGUGCAUGCCAUUGCUGCUAUAUUAUACCUGAAUGGAAAUGCAGAGGACUAUGUAGCCGUAUGGUUUAAAACAAGCAUGUUUGGAAGUUGCUAUAGGUAUCCAGUCAAACCAAUAAAUGGAGCUAACAUGUGGCCUGAUGUUCUAUUUGAUCCCAUAUUACCACCUCGGCGUAGGAGAAUGCCAGGAAGGCCCAAAGUAAACAGAAUGAAAUGUCCUACAGAAAAUGAAGGAAAGCAUAAAAUUAACAAGACAGGGAUGUCCAUCUCAAGAUGUAGUAAUUGUCAUCAAGAAGGACACAACAAGAGGCGAUGUCCAUUGCUCAAAGAAGCAAAUAAAGCAACUGUUAGUGAAGGGGAUGUUGAAGAAGGGAUUAGUCAAGAUGGGGUUAGUGAAGUUGGAAUUGGUGAAGAAGAGGCUGUUGAAGAAGGCGAUAUUGAAGACCACCAGGAGGAUGAAAUUGAACAACAAGAGGAUGAGAUUGACCAUCAAGAAAAUCAUCACCAUCAGCAUCAACCUGUUUUUUUUCAGCAUUUUGUUGCGAACAAAAGGCGAUUACCUUCUGAGAGGAUCACGAAACUGAAGUUAAGGAAGAAGGUGGUAACAAAAGAUGGAAGUGGGGAAAGUACUGAAAAUCCAGUUACUAUAAACUAG